GAGAGUGCAUAUCCUUUUGUCAUUGGGAGACAUUUGGCAGACCCAACUCCCAAUAUGAGCAGAAUAUUGAUGGAACUUUUUAUCUGUAGUGAUGGCUCUAUGAGGUGGAAUCGGUUAGAAAGGCUGAUAGCAGCAAUAUCUGAACAAGCUUCAGAGUCAGCUAGUGAAGCCACGAAACCUGAAGAUAAAUCGUCGAAUCCAUUGGGAUGGAAAUCCUUUGACAUGUGUGCAGUUGUUUCGGCCACCAAAGGUCUUUUUCAAUUCAUACUCUCAGAUAAGGGUUUGAGGGUUCGCAUUUUCCUUGCCCGGGAUAUAACAAAAGCAGCCGAUAUUUUUCUUGAAGAUGAGGUGGUUGAAUGGAUUUUCAACGACAAAGCUCAGUCAAGAAACACAUCAGAACCCGAGUUAAAAUACAAAAGGUACUUCAGAUGCAACAAAAGUUGGUAGGUUUCGAAGUUAAUAGUCCGCCUGAGUUCACUUGACUGAAUUGCAAUAUGCAUAUUGUUUGUUGGGGUAGUCACAGUUAAAAAAGUUCACGUUUGCUGAGAGUCUAGGCAGAAAGUCCCAACUAAUGGUGUGGUGUAGUCAAAUAUUGUGAAAAUUUUCUCAAUUACGCUGUGUUUGAGGUUCUGUUAAACAACUGUGUCGUCAGGAGGGAUUCUUUAUAUGCCAUUAAGUGAUCUUCUUUGAUGGCUGUUACAUGAUCGUGCUUUGUUGCUCCAUUUGACUAUUUGGCGAGCCCGAUCUAUGAUGCAUCAGUAACUACAUAAUCUUCUCAAAAUUGUGAUUUCUUGCCUUGUCUGAGAUCCAUUUCAUGACUUCUGAGACAUACUACGCAUUUUGGGUGGAUAUCUUCGUCAUGUUUUUUGGUAUUUUGUCUAAAAUUCUUCGCGUUCAUAUUGCGUGCCCUGAAAUUAGGCAACGAUCCCAAAGAA